AUGCAUUCAAGCGCCUAUCUAGCGUUCAAAAAUUUCAUUUCCGACCUCGAUGCUGUGCUUUACGAGCCCUCGUGUCCUCAAAAUCUUCCCAUUGAAUCUCAAUGUCUGACUCACGUUUUCCAAGAUUCGAGUCAUAUAUCUCAGUGGCGCAUCCGGGACUGCCAAAAGGAGUUAUCUUACCAAUCAUCCGUGACUUCCUUGCUGACAAAAACAGGCGUCAAGAUCGCGCUUGAUCCUUCUCUGGACGGCCUCAUGCAACCGGAUGACAGUGGCGGGACCCUGCGGUGCUCGUCGAGCCCAGUCAUACGGGAUGUUAUCACCGCCCGAGGGAACGGUACACUCCUGAAUCUACAUAGAAAGGAGCGCCGCAGCCGUAAGGAUUUGUCAAGUGCACAUGUGGAGCAUAGGCGCGCGGGCCGCAGGCUCCUGAGAAGAAUCGGUGAAUGGAACAGAGCGCAGCCAGUGAGCGCACGCCAGACUGCAACUGGCGAAAAAACAAUUAAGCGAGACCUGUGUGUCAUGUUAAGACUUCGAAGCUCGAGAUGCGCUUCGAAAGAUGUCAUGAUGAUGCUGGCGCUGGGAAGAACAGAUUCUGAAAUCAACGGCACAGAGUGGGAAAAAAUGCCAGAAAAGAGCGUGUUCAAGCGCAGUGCAACCCAGAGACUCAAGAAAAGCAAGCGCAGUAUGGCUCAGCGCUCAGUGAUUAAAAAGCCUCCGCAUCGUGAGAAGGACACGAAAUCUGAUAGGCGUGCUUGCGAGGGGGGGAGGGGGAGGGAUGGUAGGGUGCAGGCGAAAGGCAAGCGUAUCCCUCCAUUACAAGAAAGUCCACCAGUCCAGUCCAAGUCCUUUAUAUACCCAGACCGGCUUUUCGGGGGUGAGUCACCACCGGAACCACGAUGA